UCUGAAGUCGGUCGAGGCUCGGGAAGGCGGUUCUGGCCGGACUGCUACUUAUUGGACUACCUCUCCAAACCUCUCGUUAUUUGAUCCCUCAAGGAGGGAAAAUUCACGACAUCUGUUCUUUUUCCAGCGUCUCUUCAAUUUGAUCUUAAAGCCAAGACCUUAGGGUUUUGUAGGGUUUAUACUAUCAUUUCGAAGAACAAUGGCGCAUCUUGGAGGCGGUGCUGAGGCGCACGCUCGCUUCAAGCAGUACGAGUACAGGGCCAAUUCGAGCCUGGUCUUGACCACCGAUACUCGACCACGUGACACCCAUGAGCCCACCGGUGAGCCCGAGUCGCUGUGGGGGAAGAUCGACCCCAAGAGCUUCGGGGACAGGGCCUACAAGGGCAGGCCACCUGAGCUCGACGAGAAGCUCGAGAAGGCCAAGAAGAAGAAGAAGGAGCGCGACCCUCUCACUGAGCCCCCUGCUGCCCCGAGGCAGAAGCGUCCUCGCCUUAGGGAGGAGAGCGUGUUGACUACCACCGAGGAAGGUGUUUACCAGCCCAAGACGAAGGAGACUCGGGCGGCUUAUGAGGCUAUGCUGAGUGUGAUUCAGCAGCAGUUGGGUGGGCAGCCAUUGAAUAUAGUGAGCGGAGCGGCGGACGAGAUAUUGGCUGUGCUGAAGAAUGAUUCGGUUAAGAACCCGGACAAGAAGAAGGAGAUUGAGAAGCUGUUGAACUCGAUACCGAACCCUGUGUUCGAUCAGCUCGUUUCGAUCGGUAGGCUGAUCACGGACUAUCAGGAUGGAGGCGAUGGGGCUGGUCCGACCACAGCGAAUGGGGAUGAAGCACUUGAUGAUGAUGUUGGUGUUGCUGUUGAGUUUGAAGAGAACGAGGAGGAUGAGGAUGACAGCGAUCUUGAUAUGGUACAGGAGGAUGAGGAGGAGGAUGAGGAUGUUGCUGAGCCGAACUAUUCUAGUGCUAUGCAGAUGGGCGGGGGGAUUGAUGAUGAUGACUUCCAAGAAGCAAACGAGGGGAUGGGCCUCAAUGUUCAGGACAUUGACGCAUACUGGCUUCAGAGGAAGAUAUCUCAGGCAUACGAGCAGCAGAUAGAUCCCCAGCAGUGUCAGAAGCUCGCCGAGGAGGUGUUGAAGAUACUUGCUGAAGGGGAUGACAGGGAGGUAGAGACGAAGCUGCUGGUGCAUCUUCAGUUUGAUAAGUUCAGCCUCAUCAAGUUCUUGCUUAGGAACAGGCUGAAGAUUGUAUGGUGCACCCGUUUGGCUAGGGCUGAGGAUCAGGAUGAAAGGAAUAACAUCGAGGAAGAGAUGAUGGGAUUGGGCCCGGAAUUGGCAGCGAUAGUGGAGCAGCUGCAUGCCACGAGAGCAACUGCCAAGGAGAGGCAGAAGAAUCUGGAGAAGAGUAUUCGGGAAGAGGCCCGUCGACUGAAGGAUGAGAGUACUGGAGAUGAGGACCGGGGUAGGAGGGGAUUGGUUGAUAGGGACAAUGAGAGCGGUUGGGUUAAGGGGCAGCGCCAGUUGCUUGAUCUCGACGGCCUUGCCUUUGAACAAGGUGGUCUUUUAAUGGCAAAUAAAAGGACUGAUCUUCCUCUUGGGUCUUUCAAGCACCAGAGCAAGGGCUACGAGGAAAUUCACGUGCCUGCCCUGAAGCCUAAACCGUUUGAUCCUAACGAGGAACUUGUCAAAAUAUCUUCAAUGCCUGAUUGGGCUCAGAGUGCUUUUGAGGGAAUGAAGCAGUUAAAUCGAGUGCAGAGCAAAGUUUAUCAGACUGCAUUGUUCAGUCCCGAGAAUAUUCUGUUAUGCGCUCCCACUGGAGCUGGGAAGACCAAUGUUGCUGUUCUCACUAUACUUCAGCAGAUUGCUUUGAACCGGAACCCGGAUGGCUCAUUUAACCAUGGAAACUAUAAGAUCGUGUAUGUUGCACCCAUGAAAGCUCUUGUUGCUGAAAUUGUUGGUAACCUGUCUAACCGUUUGAAGCACUACGGCAUUACAGUGAGAGAAUUGAGUGGUGACCAGUCACUUACGCGCCAACAGAUUGAGGAAACCCAGAUAAUUGUCACCACUCCUGAGAAGUGGGAUAUUAUUACCAGAAAAUCGGGAGAUCGUACUUACACGCAACUGGUGAAGCUUCUAAUUAUUGAUGAGAUUCAUCUCCUUCAUGACAACAGAGGACCAGUGCUUGAAAGUAUCGUGGCUAGGACCGUCAGGCAAAUUGAAACCACCAAAGAGCACAUUCGACUGGUGGGGCUGUCAGCUACAUUGCCUAACUAUGAGGAUGUUGCGCUGUUCUUGCGAGUUGACUUGAAGAAGGGCUUGUUUCAUUUUGAUAACAGUUACAGACCUGUUCCGCUGUCUCAGCAGUACAUCGGUAUCACUGUUAGGAAGCCACUCCAGAGGUUCCAGUUGAUGAAUGAUGUGUGCUAUGAGAAAGUGCUGGCCUCAGCUGGAAAGCAUCAGGUUCUUAUAUUUGUCCACUCCAGAAAGGAAACUGCAAAGACAGCUCGUGCUAUACGAGACACUGCCCUCGCUAAUGAUACUCUCUCCAGAUUCUUGAGAGAUGAUGAUGCAAUCCGUAUGAUCUUACAGAAGGAAGCUGAUAAUGUGAAGAGCAAUGACCUGAAAGACCUUUUGCCGUACGGCUUUGCCAUUCAUCAUGCGGGUAUGACGAGGGGAGACAGGACCAUUGUGGAAGAUCUCUUUGCAGAAAAAGUUGUCCAAGUUUUGGUCUCCACUGCAACUCUCGCAUGGGGUGUCAAUCUGCCUGCGCACACUGUGAUAAUUAAGGGGACGCAGAUCUACAAUCCAGAGAAGGGUGCAUGGACUGAAUUGAGUCCUCUGGACGUUAUGCAGAUGUUGGGUCGUGCUGGAAGGCCCCAAUAUGAUUCUUAUGGAGAAGGAAUAAUCAUUACCGGUCACAGUGAACUUCAGUACUAUCUCUCUCUGAUGAAUCAGCAGCUUCCUAUUGAGAGUCAGUUCGUGUCAAAAUUGGCUGAUCAGUUGAAUGCAGAAAUAGUCCUUGGAUCUGUGCAAAAUGCUAAAGAAGCUUGUGGCUGGCUCGGGUAUACUUACCUGUAUGUACGUAUGCUGCGGAAUCCUACUCUUUACGGUUUAGCCCCUGAUGUUCUCACGAAGGACAUAACUCUGGAGGAAAGAAGGGCUGAUUUGAUCCAUACGGCUGCAACCAUCCUGGACAGAAAUAAUCUGAUUAAAUAUGAUCGGAAGAGUGGAUACUUUCAAGUUACGGACUUGGGGCGCAUAGCGAGCUACUACUACAUUACUCACGGGACAAUCUCCACUUACAAUGAGCACUUGAAGCCAACAAUGGGGGACAUUGAGCUGUGUCGGCUAUUCUCACUCAGUGAAGAAUUUAAAUAUGUAACUGUGAGACAAGACGAGAAGAUGGAGCUUGCAAAGCUGUUGGAUCGUGUUCCUAUUCCAGUAAAGGAGAGUCUCGAGGAGCCGAGUGCCAAGAUCAAUGUUCUGCUCCAAGCCUAUAUCUCACAGCUGAAGCUUGAAGGGCUUUCACUGACAUCUGACAUGGUUUUUAUAACUCAGAGUGCGGGGCGUCUUAUGCGAGCCCUUUUCGAGAUUGUCUUGAAGCGAGGAUGGGCGCAGCUUGCAGAGAAGGCUCUGAACCUCUGCAAGAUGGUGAGCAAGAGGAUGUGGAGCGUCCAGACUCCCCUUCGCCAGUUUGCUGGUAUCCCCAGUGCGAUUCUAACGAAGCUGGAGAAGAAGGAUUUGGCUUGGGAGAGGUACUACGACCUCUCAGCCCAGGAGCUGGGAGAGCUCAUUCGGGCGCCAAAGCUGGGACGGACCCUUCAUAAGUUCAUCCACCAGUUCCCGAAGCUGAACCUUGCAGCACAUGUCCUCCCUAUCACUCGCUCUGUCCUGAGGGUGGAGCUCACAAUCACGCCAGACUUCCAGUGGGAGGACAAAGUUCAUGGGUACGUGGAGCCAUUUUGGGUGAUUGUGGAGGAUAAUGAUGGGGAAUACAUUCUCCACCAUGAGUAUUUUCUGCUGAAGAAGCAGUUUAUUGACGAGGACCACACUUUGAACUUCACCGUUCCAAUCUACGAGCCAAUCCCUCCUCAGUAUUACAUCCGUGUUGUGUCAGAUAGGUGGCUCGGGUCACAGACUGUGUUGCCUGUCUCUUUCCGGCACCUUAUUUUACCUGAAAAGUAUCCUCCACCGACUGAGCUUCUUGACCUUCAACCAUUGCCCGUGACUGCAUUGAGAAACCCAGCUUAUGAAGCUCUUUAUAAGGAUUUCAAGCAUUUCAACCCAGUCCAGACCCAGGUCUUCACUGUUCUCUAUAACACGGAUGAUAAUGUCCUCGUUGCAGCCCCAACAGGGAGCGGGAAGACCAUAUGUGCUGAGUUUGCAAUUCUGAGGAAUCACCAGAAGGCCCCGAACAGUCUUAUGCGUGUAGUUUACAUUGCUCCUCUGGAAGCUCUUGCCAAGGAACGGUUCCGUGACUGGAGCAAGAAGUUUGGUCCGGAGGGUCUAGGGAUGAGGAUGGUCGAGCUAACUGGUGAAUCGACGACUGAUCUGAAACUGCUCGAUAAGGCUCAGAUCAUCAUCAGCACUCCAGACAAGUGGGAUGCAUUGACUCGACGGUGGAGGCAGAGGAAGCAGGUCCAGGAGGUCAGCCUCUUCAUUGUCGAUGAGCUCCAUCUUAUUGGGGGCCAGGGAGGUCCUGUGCUUGAGGUGGUUGUCUCGAGGAUGAGAUACAUUGCAGCCCAUGUGGAGAACAAGAUCCGAAUGGUAGCUCUUUCGACUUCUCUUGCUAAUGCCAAGGAUCUCGGGGAGUGGAUUGGGGCGACUGCCCAUGGCCUCUUCAACUUCCCUCCUAAUGUCCGCCCUGCACCCUUGGAGAUCCACAUUCAGGGAGUUGACAUAGCAAACUUUGAGGCAAGGAUGCAGGCAAUGACCAAGCCCACUUACACAGCCAUUGUGCAGCAUGCGAAGAGCGGAAAACCUGCCCUGGUGUUUGUUCCCACCAGGAAGCACGUGAGGCUGACGGCUGUUGACUUGAUGACCUAUUCGAGCGCCGACAUUGGAGGAGAGGAGCCUGCAUUCCUGCUUCACAAUGCGGAGGAUUUGGAGCCCUUUGUUGAGAAAGUUAAUGAGGAGAUGCUGAGGGCCACUCUAAGGCACGGGGUGGGCUACUUGCAUGAGGGUCUGUCAAGCCUCGACCAGCAGGUUGUGAUGCACCUGUUUGAAGCCGGGUGGAUUCAGGUAUGCGUGAUGAGCAGCUCCAUGUGCUGGGGGGUUCCGCUCUCAGCUUAUCUGGUGAUUGUGAUGGGAACUCAGUACUACGAUGGGCGGGAAAAUGCCCACACGGACUAUCCUGUGACUGAUCUAUUGCAGAUGAUGGGGCGGGCUUCUCGCCCCCUGAUUGACAACUCUGGCAAGUGUGUAAUUCUUUGCCAUGCGCCAAGGAAGGAGUACUACAAGAAGUUCUUAUUCGAGGCCUUCCCCGUGGAGAGCCACAUACAGCACUUCGUGCAUGACAACAUUAAUGCUGAGGUCGUGGCUGGGACCAUCACGAACCAGCAGGAGGCGGUAGAUAACAUAACAUGGACCUUCAUGUACAGGCGGCUGAUGAAGAAUCCAAAUUACUACGGCCUCCAGGGGACUACUGCAAGGCAUCUCUCUGACCACCUUUCUGAGCUUGUGGAGAACACCCUCAGUGACCUGGAGGCGAGCAAGUGCAUCUUAAUUGAAGAUGAUAUCCAACCGCUUAACCUUGGCCAUAUCUCUGCGUAUCACUAUGUGAGCUACACCACGAUAGAGCGGUUCAGCUCCUCAUUGACCUCCAAGACGAGGAUGAAGGGUCUGCUUGAGAUUGUGGCAUCAGCAUCGGAGUACGAUCAGCUUCCAAUCAGGCCAGGGGAGGAGGAAGUGGUGCGGAAGCUCAUCAGCCACCAGAGGUUUUCAUUCGACAAUCCCAAGUGCACAGACCCACACAUCAAGGCGAAUGCACUGCUGCAGGCCCAUUUCUCGAGGCAGCAUGUGGGCGGCAACCUGGCACUCGACCAGAGAGAGGUGGUUGGUUUGGCCAUUAGGCUGCUGCACGCGUUGGUGGAUGUGGUUGCCACGAGUGGGUGGCUCAGCCCUGCGCUGCUUGCAAUGGAGAUGUGCCAGAUGGUGACGCAGGGCAUGUGGGAGAAGGACGCAGUGCUCCUGCAGUUGCCCCACUUCACUAGGGAGCUUGCCAGGAGGUGCCAAGAUAACCCGGGGAAGCCCAUCGAGACAGUGUUUGAGAUAAUGGAAUUAGACGAUGAGGCUAGGCGGGAGCUGCUCCAGAUGUCCGACUCCCAAAUGCAGGACGUAGCGAGGUUCUGCAACCGAUUCCCGAACAUAGGGGUCGAUCAUCGUGUUGUGGGCGCAGAGAGGAUGAGUGCAGAGGAUGACGAGGAUCACGUGUACAGGGUGAGGGCAGGGGAUGACGUGUACUUGGAGGUCAACCUGGAGAGGGAUAUGGAGGGGCUACCGGAGGUUGGGCCAGUGAACGCCCCAAGGUUCCCAAAGACCAAGGAGGAGGUGUGGUGGCUUGUCGUGGGGGACACGAAGACGAACCAGCUGAUGGCCAUCAAGAGGCUGAGCCUCCAGAGGAGGUCGAGGGUGAAGCUCAACUUCACGGCUCCCUCGGAGCCUGGGUCGAGGCACUACAUGCUCUACUUCAUGUGCGACUCCUACUUUGGAUGCGAUCAAGAGUACAAAUUCUCCCUCGAUGUUGGGGAGACCAUGGACAUGGACGGUGACAACAACGAUGAUGGUGGACGGGAAUAAUUUAAGAGCAGCUUCUCUUUUCUUUUGAUGAGUUUAAAGCAGUAGCUUAUCUUGAAUUGUUUCUGCUCCUCGAUUUCCUUGACUGACUUGUUAAUUAGGCUUUCCGAAUCCCUGUGAUUGUAUUUUUGUAGUGCUCAGCUGUGAUCAGUGGCGAGUAUUGCCCCUUACUGUUCUGUACACUAGGAAGUUCCAUUAUUUGUUUGUUUUCGAGCUGCGAUGCUAUAGAAAUCAAGUAAACGCAAAGCGAGCUUUGAUUA